AUGGCAAAAGAUACUGUGAGCGAUUUGAAAGGACAAACGUGGAUCAGGAAUGUUCGUAGAUGUCUGAUGCGUGCUAUUGUUGAGAGUAACUUUUACAAUAGCACAAAUACUACUUGUGAUCAACUGAAGAAAUUUGCAUUUGAUAGUCAUCCUAAAUGCUAUGUUGACAAUGGGUUUUGUACAGAUAUACUUAUAUCGCCAAACUUUCAAAACAUUGAUUGUCUGGCAUCUGAAGUCUUUAUAUGGACUGAUUUUCUAAAUAAGUUUGCAAUACAGCAGCUCAUUACAACAUCCCAGCUCUGUACUAGCACAAUUGCAACUCAGUUUCUGACUGCUGUACGAACUUAUAUUACAAAAAUCACAAAUGUUGUUACACGGGCUCUGAUCCAAGCUAUAUUUGACUUUUUAAAUUGUGAUACAGCUGGAUUAGACAUGAUUCUUGUACUUGAUUCAUCUGGAAGCAUUGGAUCUACCAAUUUUGUGAGAUUGAGAAACUUCAUAAUAAAUAUGUUAUCUAUAUUUACAAUUGGACCAGACAAAACUCGUGUUGGAGUUAUUCGUUAUUCUUCUUCAGCAUCAAUUGUUAUUCCUUUAGGCAGUUCUGGUUCCUAUCCUGAAUUAUCUUCUCAUAUCAGUAGCAUUUCAUAUACUGGAGGUGGUACUUACACAGAUGAAGCUCUUACACUCUUAACAUCAGCAUUUGCUACAACACGCAUUGAUGAGGGAGUACCUCGUGUUGCCAUUGUUUUUACAGAUGGAGUGUCACAUAGCCCUAGUCUAACAUUAGCAGCUUCCCGAGCUGUUCAUAAUGCUGGGAUAUAUACAUAUUCCUUUGGUAUUGGUAGUGGCAUCAAUUCCGAUGAAUUAAAUUACAUUGCUACUGGUCCAGAUUAUGUCUUUUACAUAGACAGUUUUUCCUCCACUGAUUUUCAAACUGCCCUUCUACCACUGCGUACUACAACAUGCAUAACUCAAACCCUUUUAAGUGUUGGUAGAACAAUUGAAGGGACUGUUGAACGAGGACUAUUCCGUUUGAUUAAAUUUUUCUUCCCUCAGCAUUUAGGAAUGACGAUAAAAAUUAAUGUAGAUAUUGGGAAUGUGAUUGUGCGUGGAUCUUUUACGGUGCCAAAUCCAACAGAACUAACACAAGAUUUUGUUGUCACAAGUGAUGGAUCUGACAUUGACUAUUUUGUUAGUUCACAAUUGUUUGAGAGUUCAACUACUGUCAACAAUGAUAGUCAACAGCGUCGAAAGAGACAAGCACCCAAUAAUACC